AUGAGCUCCACGGGGCUGUUCGGUGCCGUUGUGGGGCGAUCUUCUGCCUGGCUUAAGGUCACCCCUAUCGUCACUCCUCGCGCUGCUCCAGCUGCUAAAGAGCCGACUCCGUUGAGGAACAUCGGUAUCUCCGCUCACAUUGACUCUGGAAAGACUACUUUCACGGAGCGUGUUCUCUACUACACUGGUCGUAUCAAGGAAAUUCACGAAGUCCGUGGUCGUGAUAAUGUCGGAGCCAAGAUGGAUUCGAUGGAUCUCGAACGUGAAAAGGGUAUUACUAUUCAAUCUGCUGCUACAUUCGCUAGCUGGAUUCGCAAGGCAAGGAACCCCGAUGAGAAGGACCAGGAUUACCACGUCAACAUCAUUGAUACCCCUGGUCACAUUGAUUUCACUAUCGAAGUCGAGCGCGCCUUGCGUGUUCUCGACGGAGCCGUUCUCGUUCUCUGCGCCGUUUCUGGCGUUCAGUCUCAAACUAUUACCGUCGAUCGUCAAAUGCGUCGUUACAACGUUCCCCGUAUCUCUUUCAUCAACAAAAUGGAUCGUGUUGGGGCAAACCCAUGGCGUGUUGUGAACCAGAUCAGCCAAAAGCUCAAGAUGUCCGCUGCUUCCAUUCAUGUUCCUAUUGGUGCUGAAGAUAACUUCAAGGGUGUCGUCGAUCUUGUCCGCAUGAAGUCUGUGUACAACGAGGGUGCUCGUGGUGAGACCAUUGUUGUCAAGGAUGAAAUUCCCGAGGAUCUCAAGGCUCUCUGCGAGGAGAAGCGCGCUGUUCUUAUCGAAACCCUGGCCGACUGUGACGACACAAUCGCCGAGAUUUUCCUUAACGAGGAGACUCCUUCCGAGAAGGAGAUUCAGGAUGCUAUCCGUCGUGCCACUAUGGAGCGCAAAUUCACUCCCGUGCUUAUGGGUUCUGCUCUUGCCGACACUGGUGUUCAAAAUGUUCUCGACGCUGUCUGUGAUUACUUGCCGCAUCCCUCUGAGGUUGAGAACAUUGCUCUUGACCGCAAGAAGAAUGAAGAGCCUGUCAAGAUGAUCCCCGACAAUAACGCGCCUUUCGUUGGUCUCGCCUUCAAGCUUGAAGAGACUAGAUUUGGUCAGUUGACCUACAUUCGUGUUUACCAGGGUACUCUUCGCAAGGCUGGCUUUAUCCAGAAUGUCAAGGGUGGCAAGAAGAUCAAGGUUCCUCGUCUCGUCCGUAUGCACUCCAACGAAAUGGAGGAUGUUGACGAGAUUGGUGCCGGUGAGAUUUGCGCUAUGUUCGGUGUUGACUGUUCUUCUGGUGACACUUUCACCGACGGUCAGCUUCAGUACACCAUGACGUCUAUGUUCGUUCCGGAACCUGUUAUCUCUCUCUCCCUGAAGCCCAAGGGUAAGGAGACGCCUAACUUCUCGAAGGCUUUGAACCGUUUCCAGAGGGAAGACCCCACCUUCCGCGUCCAUAUCGAUGAUGAGAGUAAGGAGACCAUCAUUUCCGGUAUGGGUGAACUUCACUUGGAAGUUUACGUCGAGCGUAUGCGCCGUGAGUACCAGGUCGACUGUACUACCGGUAAGCCUCGGGUUGCUUUCCGUGAGACUAUCACGGAGCCUGCUAAGUUCAGCUACGUUCACAAGAAGCAGUCUGGUGGUGCUGGUCAGUACGCUAAGAUUGAGGGUUACAUUGAGCCCAUGACUGCGGAAGAGUGCGCUGCCGCGGAAGACACUUCGUUCAUUAACCGUGUUACUGGUGGAAACAUCCCUACCGGCUACAUCCCUGCUAUUGAGAAGGGUUUCCGCGACGGCCUUACGCGUGGUUUCCUUAUUGGUCACCCCAUCAAUGGUGUGCGUAUGGUUAUUGAGGAUGGUGCUUUCCACGCCGUUGAUUCUUCCGAAUUGGCUUUCCGUCUUGCUGCCGUCAACGCUUUCAAGGAGGCUUUUGGGAAGUGCAAGGCCGUCGUUUUGGAGCCGGUCAUGAACGUCCACGUUACUGCCCCCGUUGAGCACCAGGGUGCCGUUGUUUCUACUUUGAACAAGCGCAAGGCCACCAUUAUCGACCAGGAUAUUGGAACCGACGAGUUCACCAUUCAGGCCGAGGUUUCCCUUAACAACAUGUUCGGUUACUCUAGCGAAAUCCGUGCCAACACCCAAGGUAAGGGUGAGUUUACGAUGGAGUACUUGAAGCACUCUCCUGUUGAUGCGGGUACUCAAAAGGAGCUGGUUGCUGAGUUCAUGAAGAAGCAGAAGUCUGGUGACAAAUAA